GAUCGUCGUACGCGAAUGAAACUGGCUCGUCGACGGCGGACAUUGUGGUUCUGCGUAUCCCCCGUCGUCGACGGAUGACCUUCCCUGGGCGGGAGCCCGAAUGUCGCCGGUUUCGCCGAAGCCCCGUUGAAGAAGCGCAAGACGUGAGAACAGCGCCAUUUCUGUCGGCGUCCAUGAUACGCGCUGCUGCUACCGCAGCAGAUUCCAGAGCUCGAGCUCGGAACGGCAGCGGGAGAACUAGCCGCUCCCCUUUCGCUGCUUCUUUACUCCAGGCCACGGCAGAUUGUGCCGCUGAACUAAGACGCAGUCUCAUAAUGGACCUCUCUGACUGAGACAGAAACACGUCUUGUGUUUUGCUCAGCCGCUGGGAGCUUUCUGCAGCCAUGCCUCACGAGUAAAUUCACCUUUUUUUUUUUGCUUAAAGCAAUAAAAAAAAACAUCCUACAUGCCUCCCCAUGUAGAGCCCCUUAAGUACGUCCUGCUGGAGUAACAGCCCCCCCCCACCCCCCUCCUCCUCAUCCAGAUAGGUUCUGCCUCGUCCUUUUUGUCGCUCCCUUCUCCGCCGCCCACCCUUCAGUAACUACCCGUCAUGAGGCUGCUCUGCCGAAAAAUGGCCUACACCUGAGGUCCCAUGCGUCCAGUGAGCACCGAUUCAGACGGUCCUGCUCCUCCUGAGAACCUCUCCUGCCCCUACCCCUUCGUGGGAGCCCUGCCUGCAUCAGAGAUGUCCUUGCUCCAGUCGCUGGGGCCAGUGCAAAGCUGGCUCGGCCAGGAGCUGGAGAAGUGUGGGAUCGACGCCAUGAUCUACACCCGCUACGUUCUUAGCCUUCUCCUGCACGACAGCUACGACUACGACCUGCAGGACCAGGAGAACGACAUCUUCCUGGGCUGGGAGAAAGGAGCUGGGAAGAAGUGGGGCAAGGGCAAGAAGAAAGGAGGGACCGACCUGAGUCUAGAGGAAAUAAAGAAGCAAGCCGCAGUGCAAUGCCUUCGCUCCGCAUCGGAUGAAAACUCUGGAAUUGAGAGUCUGGUUGAAGAGCUUUGCUCUAAACUUAAGGACAUCCAAAACAAACAGAAAGAAGAGAAACGCAUUCAAAAGAAAUCGGAUGGCUGCCAGUCACCAGAACGUGCCGAGUCGCCCUCUUCUAAGGACCAGGUGGAAAUGUACUACGAAGCCUUUCCUCCUCUGUCCGAGAAACCUGUUUGUCUCCAAGAGAUCAUGACGGUGUGGAACAAGGCGAAGGCCUGCACCUACUCCAGCUCAUCCUCCUCUGCUGCUCCUCAGACCAGCACCGACACAUCUUCCCCCAAAGACUGCAACAGCGACGGCGAGGCUACGAAAGAGCGGAACCCGGAGGCGUCCUCCACCAUCCCCGCCGCGGCCAGUGAGAGAGGCCAGCAGCGACGGAGCAAGAAGGAGAAGGAAAACCGAUGCCACGGGGGCGCGGCAGCAGAGGAGAGGUCCGUCAGCCACUCCAAGAGGCAGAUCAGACACAGGUCUGAAGGCAAAUAUCGCCCCAGAUCCUGGUCUUCUGGUUCUAGCGAGGCAGGCUCCAGCUCCAGUGGGAACCAGGGCGACUCCAAAUCCUCCAGAAGCAAAACCGUUAGAGUAAGGCACAAAUCCAGAGAGGCCGCCAAGAACAAGAGGACGCGCAACAACGGCCAAGUGAAGCUGCAGGUGAAGGUCAUCGACAAGGAGGAAAGACGAAACACGGGAGCCAGCGGCAGCAACGCCGCCGGCAGCAACGCCGCUAAACAAGCGCAGCUCUACAGAAAAGGGAAGAGGCCGCUGAAGGAGAUCCGGAAAGAGCUCGGCUGGCUGGAGGCGAGGGAGGCUGCGGCCGAGGCCAGAAACAAGAAGGAGUACAAGGAGGAGCCGCUGUGGUACACCGAGCCCAUCACGGAGUACUUUGUACCGUUCAGCAGCUGUCAGAGCAAGCUGGAAACAAAAUACCGCAGCAAGGUGGGCUCGCCGGAGGGCUUCGGCUUUUCGGCGGAUAUGGAGAGGCUGCCGGAGCAAAUCCAGGGCAUCUGCAUCGCCAGCGAGAACUACCAGAGGGCCUACCUGGCGGCGGGGUCGUUUGUGGACGGGCACUUUGUGGAAGCGCCCGGCGACGACGAAGCCGCCGACCUCACCGAACCGUCACGCUGCCCUCAGCCAGAAGAUGGUCGAGAUUUAGAUGACAAGCAUCUGUGCGAAUUUACCGACUUCUAUGAAGUCGACAUUUAUCAAUCCAUAUUGGAUACUAGUGCCUCAGACGCGAUACAGGAGAGUCGGAUCUUAAGCCUGAUUCGACAGAAAAGCAGAGAGCAAGGAGACGAGGAGGCAGAGUGCUGUUUGGUGUUGGACGAGCUGCAGCAGCAAGGGGAAAGUGCAAUACAGGCCGACUCGCAGGACGCCCCGGGAACCGUCGGCUUCCUAAUGGAGGACCUGGAGAACAUGGUGCAGGUGUGGGGGUGUUACUCGCCGUCGUCCUCCGAAGACAUCGACGGCAUCCUGGGCGAUUCUCCCGUCCGGCUCUCUCCGCUGCUGGAUAGCGUCUCGCUGACCCUGAGCAAGCUGUCCAGACCUCUGGACGAGCCGCCCGUCCCCGACGCUCCCGGCGAACCGUCCGGCCUCGACUCCUUCUGCUUCCCUCUGUUCGAGGCGCAGCGCGACGCCGCCGCUCUCCCCUUCCCCCGCGACUCGCUCUCCGUCGGCCACGAAAGCAGCGCCGGCUCCAGCGGCUGUCUGGAGCCGCAUUCUAGCAAACAGUCCCGCCUGCUCAUCUGGACCAAAAAUAGUGCCUUUGACGAAACGGAACACUGUUCUAACCUGUCGACGCGGACGUGCAGUCCAUGGUCCCAUUCGGAGGAGACGCGCUCGGACAACGAGCAGGGCGGCGCGCUCGCCGAGGACGCGGGUCAGCCGGGCAGGGAAGAACCGGAGCGGGCGCUCCCGCCCCUCUCGGGUACAUAUCUGGAAGAUGAAAUCCUGGAGUUUCUGCAGGAGGACUCGGCUAAAAAGUGCGACGCGGUCAGCGUCGGCACAGCGUCCAAUCAGACCUUUACCAAAAAAUCCAAACUGGAGUCGGUAUGCGGCAUAGCGCUGGAGAAGGAGGAGAGCAAGCAGUACAGCACAGACGUGUUCUCGGACAACGCCAACCAACAGAGUGACGAUUACAGCUCAGGGAUUAUCAAAGACAUUUGGACCGCGAUCGGAGACGGCAAGUCCGCCGCGUCGGCAGAGGCCGCGGAGAAGCCGGGCCAGGCGGCGUUCCCGGACGACUCGGGCUCCCGCUGCCGCCCGCGUCUAGAGGUCCAGGCGAAAGGAGCGCCGGUUCAGGCGCCUCAGAAGAAAGCCGUGCAGCGAUCGGAGUAUCGCCUCUGGGAGGGCAAGAAAGAGGAGCAGGACUUAGCCAAAAACAAACUCUCCAAAGUCGACGCGGCUGGGGAUUACACGACUCCGUCCAAGCCCUGGGACUUAGGCUCUGACAAGGAGAGCACGUCGUUCAUCCUCGGCGGGGUGUACGGAGAGUUGAAAACACUAAGCGGCGACAAGAGCUGGGCCGUCGUGCCGCCGAGCAACACUCCGGGCAGCCUGCUGCAGUGCGCCGCCGCCGCCGCCUCCGCCUCCAGCUCAGACAUGCUGACCAUCACCGGCAAAGACGUGUUGAUGAACACCGGCAGCUGCUUCGCCCCCGGGCACCGGCCCCUAUGGAGGCCCCUCGUCUCGUUCGGCCAGAGCGACCAGGCCAUCAGAGGAGGCGGGGAAGGCUUGAAUAAGGGAUUCUCUCUGAUCUUCCAUGAAGAUUUGCUUGGGUCGUACGGAGGCCUGCGCAGAGAGGAGCAAGGCUUAGAAUACCCGUUUGCUUCCUUCAACCUGAACAAUCCCUUCUCCCAAGUCCUCCACGUCGAGUGUUCCUUCGAGCCCGAGGACAUGGCGUCCUUCAGCCCGGGAUUCAAGCCCAAAUCCAUCCUCUGCUCCGACUCGGAGAGCGAAGCCUUCCACACGCGGAUCUACGGCAUCAACCGGACGCAGUACAGAGCCAUUCGCAUUUCACCCAGGACUCAUUUCCGGCCCAUAUCGGCCUCGGAGUUGUCUCCCGGGGGAGUCAGCGAUUCGGAGGCCGAGACCGACAAAGAGGAGAUGAGUUUCCCCACCGUGGCGCCGGUGGAUGUGUUCGAUGAUCCUCAGGCCGACCUCAAACCUCUGGAGGAGGAUGCAGAGUGCGAGGGACCUUAUUACGGGAAGUCGGAACUGGAAUCUGGUAAAUUUCUACCCAGAUUAAAGAAGUCUGGCAUGGAGAAGAGCGCCCAGACCUCUCUGGAUUCACAGGAGGGCUCAAGUACCCUUCUGCCAAUCGCUGAGCAGGAGACUGGCUCAGGCUGCAAAACGGCAGCAGCAGCAGCCGCACCAAGCACAGGUGGACCGAUGGAUGUGGGCAAGAUUCAACAAGAGGAAUCUUCAGAAGAAAAGCAGUCCCAGUUAUGUUCACCAGCAGGUCAGAUCCCCAAGUACGGGAUCGCUUAUGACUAUGUUGGCGACAUGCCAGAGUUUCCCCUGUUAAACAGAAGUGGGCAGGGAGGGAUUGGCAGCCAGCAAGACGAGUUCUGGUGGCAGAAUGCCGUUUGUUCCCCCCUUUUCCCUGGAUCUCAGUGUACAGGCAGCAGCAACAUCUGACUCCUCCAUGUUUGCAGAGGACGCCUGUAGCCGAGGGGAGAAUUUCCUCUGGUCUUGGGACUGGACCUCUACCAGCAAAGAUUCAGGAAAAACCUAACGUAGGCUAAUCUUUCAGAGAAACCUCUCCCGAGACCCCAACACGUAACCCCGUUGGCUUUUCAUUUUACUAACUUCAAACGAAAACCUUGUGUAAUCAACAAUCAGAUCAACAAAAAAAAAAGAGUGAAAACGGUAAAAAAAAACAAAACAAAAAAAAACACACACAAAAAAAAAAAAAGAAAAGUUCUGUCUGUGAGUGGAUGCCAUGAUUAUUCUGCACACCGGUCCUUUUUUUCCAAUCUCACAGUUAGCUCGUAGAGACGUUCUGUUCUACCCUCGUCCCGUUUCCGCUCCCCUCCGUUUCGAGAGUGAACCGAGGUUGUUGGUGGUCGGUGCCGUCUGAAUGGUCGUGCAUGCGUGUUUGUCCCGCCAGCCUCCCUCCUGUUUUCUAGUGGCACCCCACGCUGCGUGAAACCACUGCGAUCGCAUCCUCUACUUUCCGCGCCGAAUUCAGAAAGACACGACAAGGGAUGUGGAGAUUUUCUUUUUUUUUUUCAUUUUUUUUUUAGUUCUGCAGCAUUUUAAGGUUUAAGUGAUCUAGUUUGUACCACUUUCUGAAUGUGAAGUAGAGAAUGGGCUCAGCUUUCUUCUAAAUAUCCUCAGCUUCCCUGUGUGUGAAAAGUUGUCUGGUUUUUGAAUGGUGAUAGUCUUUUAAAGAGCUAGUUGUAGAUAUAGUGUGGUUUGUGAGGUUAAUAAAAAAAGAAAAUCUUUAAAACAUAAAAAUAACCAUAAAUCAAAAGGAGUUUUGUGAGGGGAAAUACCAAUAGUCUCCUUGACAACACAAUGGUGUACAAUAAAAAAAAUUGGUUUAAAAAUAAUCUAUUAAAAAAAAAAACCUUCAUAAGACGGCUCGACUGCAGCCGUCCCUCCAGACAUCUUUUUUUUUUUUUUUUUUGCAAAUUCUAUGCUACAAAAUAUUGGUGCUAUUAAUAUGUUCCAAAAUCUUUUGAAGGUCAAUAAUCUGCCUAUAACAAGUUUAUGACAUAGUUAUGUUUGUAGCCAGACUCCAUAAAUAAAUUUCUUUUAUUUCUGUGAAAAUCGGGGCGAGAAUUUCUGACUGAACACACUUCCUGCUUAGCGUAGCUUGGUUUGAUUUAACCAAACCUCUGUAAUUAUCUCUGUAAUUAUCUGGCCUGUAGUAGCUGCGGCACGAUCAUCAUCAGCAGCCAUGUCACAACAACACAAAAUAAAAAUAAAAAAAAACCUCCUGUUUGAACACAUGCUCAAGUUCAAAGCCCCUGGCAGGACGGUCCGCAGCGUAGGGACAGGUGGGCGGGCCAACAGCAAACCAAAAACAAGCAGGAAGUACUCAGAUGCUUUUUUUUUUUUUUUUUUUUUUUUUUCUUCCCCCUCAUGUGAGGUGUGUUUUUUUUUUUUUAUUUUCUUUGGGUUGACAAUAUAUCUUGUUGAAAUAUUGAUUCACGUCUGUCUGUUUUGUGUGUGGUGGUGUAGAACUUGUGAAGACACUGGUUCAGCCUGAGUGUAGGAAAACUCUUGAUUGCAGCGACGCGGCAAUGGCUGCAGACUCUCAAAGGACGGAAAUGCUUCCAUGCAGCGAAUCACACCCCCCACCCUCCGCCCUGUUGAGCUGUCGUUUAGAAACCCUCUGUAGGUUAUUCUAGGUUUGAAAUAAAAUAAAUAAAAAUAAUUAAACAGAAUCAAAUGCACCAGCUCUACUGGGCUUUGCUGCAAGUCUUUUAUUUUUUUCUUCUUCCUCCAACGUCGUUUAUUUGUCAUGAAGACGACGAGGAUAAACUAGGUGACCUCGAAGCACAGAUAAGUUAAAUCAUCCCUCUGUUUCGUCAUGCGCUGUCAAAAGAGCAAGGCGUGGCUUCCACUUUACCAAAUGUCAAUGUUCAAAGUCCAACGAUAGUUUAGCUUAAACGAUUUUUAAAAAAAGCCCUUCUAGUAGUGGAUUGAAGCAAACUCAACUUCAGGGUCUUGUCCCCUUUCCUUAACAGUCAAGAUACUCAGGAAUUUUUUAAUACAAGCAUAAUCUACACUCAGACCUGUGACAGUGCAGUGAUGCAUUAAUGUUUUUUUUUUUUUUUUUUUGUAGAGCAGAAAUUGGUGACAGAAGUUGUUUUCAAGCAUACCGCUGUAAUGACUGUCAUUAAUCUAGAGCUAUAGUUUUAAUUUAAUUUAAAAAAAACAACAAAACAAAAACAAAGCCAUUGUUGAUUGCAUAAAGCGCGCGGGAGGGAAUUUAGGAGCCCUGGAGUUCUAUGCAAUACCUUUGGCGCAUGUAAACGUUCAAAAGUAUGGGGACAGAAGUCAUGCAGCUGACUAUGCGUGCAUGUGGGUUACUUUUGACCGAGGGACACCUGAGAACACGACGGAAUGUCUCUGAGAAACAAAGCAUGCAAACAUCACACUCCAUCGCUUUCAGUUGGAUGAAACACGCUUUAGUUAAAAAAAUAAAAUGAGAAAAAAAAGGUUUAAAUCAGGGAGAGAAUGUGAUGAGUGUGCGUGUGUGUGUGUGAGAAUGUGUGCAAGAAGCAAAGUCACAUAAAGCACUUACAUUGGAUGGAUUGCAUCACGUCGUUCUCCUCUCAACUUUCAUUUGUAUAAGCUGUUUAAAACAAGGAAAGGAAAACCUGUCUGGCAGGGAAAUGUAUUCAGUGAUUGUAUGUGUUGGAAAGGAGAUGGACGUUCUGACGACGUCUGGCAGUUUGGUCCCGAGAACAUGUACGGCUCUGAAAAAAAAUCGCUAUUUUCCUCGUCUUUCUCAUUCCCACCCAGAAGAUGCUCCUCCAACCCCUCCCUCUUUCCUUUAUGACCCUAAUAGGUGUGUUCUACUUUCAUGUACGCCAUGAGUAAAUUAUUUUGUUUCAUUGUGGAGUUUCUUAACAUCUAAUAAAUGAAUAAAGCAAACCUCA